CCCCUCAUACCGACCCCCACCGGCUGGCACCAGAACUUUUCCGCAUCACAUACUCUUAAAUCACAUGCCUACCUUUUCUAUAUAAUCUUCAAUAAAACCCUUCCAUGUUACCCUUGACCUAAUCGACCGACUGCAUCUCUCUCUCUCUCUCUCUCUAAGGUGCGUUUCUUUGUCUCUGCAACUACUGCUGCAACUUGCUCUUUUCAUCUACUGCCGAGUUUCUGAGCAAAGAGGAUCUGAGGAUGGAGGGCGCUAUGUUUCUGAAGGUUGCCAUUAUGAUUCUAAUGACCGGUUCAGCGGCCUAUGGUGCAACAAAACCUCCCUCUCCAUCCCCUGCUCCUGCCCCUGCUCCCUUUUCUGUGAACCUUACAGACCUGCUCACUGUCACUGGUCCAUACCACCAGUUUCUAAGCUAUCUUGAAUCCACCAAAGUGAUUGAGACCUUGCAACACCAAGCAAAUGACAGUCACCAGGGAGUUACAAUCUUUGUCCCUACUGAUGAUGCAUUCUCCUCCCUUAAAAAACCUUCUCUUUCAAACCUCACACAGGAUCAGCUUAAAAACUUGCUUCUUUUUCAUUCACUGCCCAAAUUCUAUAGCCUGGCCGACUUCCGUAACCUGAGCAAACUUAGCCCUGUUGCCACAUUUGCAGGAGGACCAUUUACUCUGAAUUUCACAGAUGACUCUGGCACCAUUCACGUCUACAGCGGCUGGACUACCACCAAGAUUGGCAGCGCCGUUCUGUCGACCUACCCGGUUGCUGUAUACCAAGUUGGUGGAGUGCUGUUGCCUGAGGCAAUCUUUGGCGCCGCCCCUCCUCCAGCGCCCGCGCCUGCUCCAGCUCCAGACACUAAUGUAUCAGAUAUCUCCCCUUCGUCGUCGGUGUCUUCUACAAAUGGUUCUCCAAAUUCAUCCCCUGCAACUACCUCACCCUCGGCAGCACCUACAUCUAGGCUUGUGGGCGGUGGAGUCUUGCUUUCUUCCCUUCUGGUGAUUAGCGGCAUUACUGCUUUGUUGUAAGAAAGGAAGCGUACUGUGCCUGGUUAACUUUAUACAUAGAGCUCAUGGUGUGAACUCGAUUCUUUUUAUCCAUGUACCCUCAUCUGUUGUGGAUCUGCGUGAUAUGAAUUGAUUUUUUGGUUUGAUUUAAGAAGUAGUACUUUGGAUGGUUUUUUUGUUAA